AUGUCCCUGUGGCGCCGGCUCGACACUUGGAUCAAGCUUGAUCAGUCGGAAGUUCAGAGUGUGCAUGGAAGGUGGAGUAACGUUGACUUAGACCCUGUUCCUCCAGAAAAGCAGACGUGGAGAUCACAUCACUUUGUGACCUACUGGCUUUGUGAUGCUGUCGCUCCCGGGAACCUUCGAUUAGGUUCCAGUAUCAUGACCCUCGGUUUCUCCUGGCGCGAGACCAUCGGCAUUAUCUUCCUUGGUCACUUCUUGGUGUCGCUCGCCAUCACCGCCAAUGCUAUCAUUGGAGCGAAAUACCAUAUACCAUACACCAUUCAAAGUCGCACGAGCUUCGGCUUCUUUGCCUCCUUCGUGGCAGUGUUCAUUCGCAUGCUGGUCGGCUUUUUCUGGUAUGGUAUCAACACGUAUAACGGAGCGCUCUGCGUGAACGCCGUUAUCCUUGCUAUCUGGCCAUCUUUCCGGAACGUACCGAAUGGACUACCAGAAUCUGCGAACAUCACCACACAGAUGAUGACGUCCUACUUGGUGUACUUCCUGAUCACUCUUCCGUUCCACUAUAUUCACCCUCGGUAUUUGAAGUGGUUCUUUGAUAUCAAGACGAUCGUAUGCUUGCCUGGCGUCUUUGCACUUCUUGGUUGGGCCUGCCAGCAGUCUAACGGAGGUCUCCAUACAACGCUGUUUCUCCAGGGAACCUCUCUACGAGGCUCGGAAUACUCUUGGGCUUUCUUAGGUGCUCUGAAUUCAAUGCUCGGAAACUAUGGAACUAUGGCCGUGAACAUCAACGACUUCGCUCGGUACGCACGUUCGACACGAAUGGUCUACGCGCAGAUCCUCGCUGUUCCGCUAUCGUUCAUGCUCAUGUCAUUCAUGGGUAUUAUCAUCGCAGGAGCUGCUUCCGACCUCUACGGAGCAUCGAUCUGGGAUCCCCUUACGAUCAUGUCGUAUUGGAGCGGGAGCUCCGGUGCUAGAGCCGCAGCCGCAUUCGUUUCGCUUUCUUUCGUACUGGCCCAGCUUGGAGCAAACAUCAGCGCGAAUUGCAUUUCCGCCUCGAACGACCUAAAUGCCAUGUUCCCUUCGUACGUCAAUCUCCGCCGCGGCUCAUACAUAAUCGCCUUCGUUGGCGCCUGGGCUUUGACCCCUUGGAAUAUCCUCGCCUCAGCGUCCGCCUUGCUCAACUUCAUGGAUGGAUACAUCAUCUGGCUCGCUCCCAUCACUGGCGUGCUCUUGGCCGACUACUACGUUGUGCACCGACAGACAUACGAUGUCGAUGACAUGUACAUUCCUGAAGGAAAGUAUCGGUAUAACAAAUGGGGAACCAACUGGCGAGCUGUUGCGGCUUGGCUGGUCGGGUCGGUGCCACUGAUCCCUGGAUUCGCUUUGCGGAUGAACAACUCUCUUCCAAUAUCGAAAGGCGCAGAUCAUUUGUACAGCUUGGGAUAUCUUUAUGGCUUCUUUUCGAGUUUCGUAAUUUUCUCUGCGCUUGGCCUCUACUUCCCAGCACUGCCGACUUUUUCACAUGAAGACAAGAUGGAUGAAUACAGCACGGGCGAGAAGGCGGUCUAA